AGGGCGCUUCGGCCGCGGCGGUUCCUACGCCUCGCGCCAUCGUUGCCACGAGCGGCGUCGGCGUCGGCGUCGGCGUCGUCGUCGUGGCCGUCCUCGUUGCCGGCUAAAGCGGCACCAGCACCGUACACGCAGCAUCCAAAGCCAGACUCCGCCGCUCGGUCCAGUUUGCCUUCCGCUCUCGUUUGGCGUAGUACCGCGACGAGGCCACGUCUCGCGCGACCCAUGCUGCGACCCGUGAACGACGCGACACCGUGAAUCGACGAUACCGUGUGCCGUUUCCAUUCAAUAACACCGUGCAAUCCGUCGCCUUCCUUUUUUUCACCUCGAUCGAGGAUCCGAGGCCGAAUGGAUAACUCGCGUGGGACUAAUAAUAACGCGACGAUAACACGAAGACGGUCUCGCGGUGGUGGAUAAUCGCGGUGUGAGAGAAAGGGUGACACGGGGGUGAUUUUUGUUGUUGACCGCUUUUUUCUUUUCUUUUUUUCUUUUCUUUCUCCUUUUUCUUUCCCUUCUUCCCUCUCCUCCCCCCUCUCCCACGAUUGUUUCUCUCUGAUCGUCGAGCAAGAGUGGUGCCCGUGGUGCCCGUGGAGGGAGCUGAGUGAGAUUCAUGCACAUUCGUCAGUGGUUCCUGGUCAACGUGAUCUCGUAAAGCGGUGUGAGUCUCUACGGCAGAAGGGAGGAGGCGCAGGCUCCCGCGGGGGGCGCGGGGGGUGGCGGUGGCGUCGCAGGCGGAGGGAGAGACGGUGGAGCGGACCGGAACCGGAAAUGGCUGCGAGGUGGCUCCUGCUGGCGCUCCUCGCCGCCCACGCCGCGGCUCUUCCUGAUAUCAUUAGGAUAGGUGGGCUGUUUCAUCCGUCGGACGACAAGCAAGAAGUGGCCUUUCGUUAUGCCGUGGAAAAGAUCAACGCCAACCGGGAUAUCCUGCCCAAGUCCCGUCUCAGCGCCCAGAUUGAGCAGAUAAAACCGCAGGACAGUUUCCACGCUUCGAAGCGAGUGUGCCAGUUGCUGCGAAGCGGGGUGGCCGCGAUUUUUGGGCCGCAGAGCGCGCACACCGCCUCCCACGUGCAAAGCAUUUGCGACACCAUGGAGAUUCCGCAUCUGGAGACACGUUGGGACUACCGGCUCAGACGGCAGAGCUGUCUCGUCAACCUCUACCCGCACCCCACCACCCUCUCCAAGGCGUACGUUGAUCUGGUGAAAGCCUGGGGCUGGAAGAGCUUUACCAUCAUCUACGAGAAUAACGAAGGGCUGGUGCGUUUGCAGGAGUUACUGAAGGCACACGGACCCAGCGAAUUUCCUAUUACGGUCAGGCAGCUCAGCGAGGGCUCUGAAUAUCGGCCGCUGCUGAAGCAGAUAAAGAACUCGGCCGAGUCGCACAUUGUACUGGAUUGCUCCACGGAGAGGAUUUACGACGUGUUGAAGCAGGCGCAGCAAAUAGGGAUGAUGAGCGACUAUCACAGCUACCUCAUCACCUCUCUGGAUCUACACAGCGUCGAUCUCGAGGAAUUCAAGCACGGCGGGACCAAUAUCACUGCCUUUCGAUUAGUGGACCCGGAGAAACAGGAUAUACAAAAAGUCGUGCAAGAUUGGAUCUACGGGGAGAAGCGUUAUAAUCGUGAGCUCGAUAUGGGGCAGAACUCCAACAAGAACAACCUCACCUGCAUAAAGACUGAAACAUCGUUAAUGUACGACGCUGUGCACCUAUUCGCGAAAGCGUUGCACGAUUUGGAUACGUCCCAGCAGAUCGACAUCAAGCCACUCUCCUGCGAGUCAACCGAUACCUGGCCUCACGGGUAUUCACUCAUCAAUUAUAUGAAAAUCGUUGAAAUGACAGGGUUGACAGGGACUAUCAAAUUCGAUCAUCAGGGAUUCCGCUCAGAUUUUAUCCUCGACAUCAUCGAGCUGAAUAACAAAGAGGGGUUGAAGAAGAUAGGGACUUGGAACAGCACGAAGGGAAUAAAUUUUACGAGGAGUUACAAGGAGGAGUACACUCAAAUCGUGGAGAAUCUUCAAAACAAGACUUUUAUCGUAACGACUAUACUGAGCGCCCCAUACUGCAUGAGGAAAGUCUCGAGCAACAAGCUGGUCGGAAACGCACAGUUCGAGGGAUACAGCGUCGACUUGAUUUACGAGAUAUCGAAGAUCCUCGGCUUCAAUUACACGUUCCGGCUGGUGCCGGAUGAACGUUACGGGUCCUACAACAAAAAGACGAAAGAGUGGGACGGUAUGAUGAAAGAACUGUUGGAUCAGAAGGCGGAUCUAGCGAUCGCGGAUCUGACCAUCACGUACGAUCGGGAACAGGCGGUCGACUUCACCAUGCCGUUCAUGAAUCUGGGGAUCAGCAUAUUGUAUCGUAAGCCUAUAAAGCAGGCACCGAAUCUCUUCUCAUUCCUCAGCCCGCUCAGCCUCGAUGUUUGGAUUUAUAUGGCGACAGCUUAUCUAGGCGUAUCCGUGCUGCUCUUCAUACUAGCCAGAUUCACCCCGUACGAGUGGUACAAUCCUCAUCCGUGCAACAAAAACCCGGACCAUCUGGAGAAUCGCUUCAAGCUGCUCAACUGCAUGUGGUUCACCAUCGGAUCCUUAAUGCGGCAGGGCUCUGACAUUCUGCCCAAGUUCAGCCCCUACGAGUGGGAGAAUCCCCAUCCGUGCAACGGACAAUCCGAGGUCCUCGAGAACGAGUUCACCCUGAUGAACUCGCUCUGGUUCACCAUAGGCUCGCUCAUGCAGCAAGGCUCUGAUAUAGCGCCGAAGGCCGUGUCAACGCGGAUAGUGGCGGGUAUGUGGUGGUUCUUCACUUUGAUCAUGAUUUCUUCGUACACUGCCAACUUGGCCGCGUUCCUCACCGUCGAGAGGAUGGAUUCGCCGAUCGAGAGCGCCGAGGAUCUUGCAAAGCAGACGAAAAUCAAAUACGGAGCUCUCAAAGGAGGCAGCACGGCGGCCUUUUUCAGGGAUUCCAAUUUCUCGACGUACCAGCGCAUGUGGUCCUUCAUGGAUUCGGCAAAGCCGUCGGUAUUUACAACGAGCAACGUCGAGGGUAUGGAACGAGUGAUCAAGGGUAAAGGCAGUUACGCGUUCCUAAUGGAAUCCACCUCCAUCGAAUACGUAAUCGAGAGAAACUGUGAUCUUACCCAAAUCGGUGGCCUCUUGGACUCGAAGGGAUACGGGAUAGCCAUGCCCCCGAAUUCACCGUACAGAACGGCCAUAAGCGGAGCCAUACUGAAGCUGCAGGAAGAGGGGAAGUUACAUUUGCUGAAGACUCGGUGGUGGAAGGAGAAACGUGGCGGAGGAUCUUGUAGGGACGAUAUCUCGAAGAGCAGCUCGACGGCGAACGAGCUGGGAUUGGCGAACGUCGGCGGCGUGUUCGUGGUGCUGAUGGGCGGUAUGGGGAUCGCUUGCGUGAUCGCGGUAUGCGAGUUCGUCUGGAAAAGCCGGAAGGUCGCCAUCGAGGAACGGAAGCAGAAAUCCUCGGGGAAACCGAUCUGCGAAGCUUUUACCGAUCUACACUAGCGGACGUACUUGUAGGGGUACGGUUGAUUUGAACCAAAAUAACAAACAAAAAAAAAUAUAUAUAUAUAUAUUAUAUAUAUUUAAAAAAAAAAGGGAGUGAGAAACGAAACGAUAGAGAAAGAAACAGGCACACCCAAAACUGAUUCCUAUGCCCGAGAAAAGCGUAUCUGACCCGACGGACCUAAGGAGGAACUCCACCACCAGUGAUCGAGAAAAUUGUGUGAGAACAUUGACAGAAACAAACUGUAAAAAAGUUGAAACGAAACGAAAUAAUCAAAAAAACAAAAAACAAAAAAAAAAAGAAGGAGCAACGAUCCUCGACCUUUCCAGUUUUUUUCUCUUACCCCCAUCUCGAAAAUCUCGACAAUCUAAAUGUUAUGGAACACUAGCCAAUCGAUAUAUAUUAUCGAAUACGGUGUCGUUGGAAUUUCAUUAAGCAGAGAGAAAGAGAGAGAGAGAGAGAGAGAGGAGGAAUGAGAUCAAAACGAUAAGGAAGGAAAAAAAGGGAACGGAAAGAAGAAGAAAGAGAAGAGAAUUCGAAAAGAACGUUUGAUUUGGAAAAAAAAAAAAAGAAAGAUCGUUUUCUUUUCGUCCGCAACCUCCCCUAAUUAACGAUGGUGAAAUGGUGCAGAUAUUGAAAUUGGAAAGGUCAACGCGUUUGCCAUUUGCUCAUAUCAAACCUUUUUAGAUUAAUUGACGACCGACUUGAAGCCUCGCAGCGAGAUGGAAAUGGUAUCUCGGACGGAUUGUUGAAUGAAAGGGCAAAAAAGAAAGAAAAAGGAUAGCAAAAAAAUUAUAGACGCGGCGUGGCUUCUUUUUUUUUUCCUUUUCUAAUGGACUCUCGCCGCGAUCGCGACUGAAUCAUCGUGCUAUUACACAGUAACGAACUAUUUACACACGAACAAUCACCGAUUUUAUACCGACUAGAUUAAUUAAUGUAUAGCGUCAGAUUGAUAACAUUUUAUUGUAUGUACAUAUUGCGUAGCUCAAAGGAGUGAAUCGAUGCUUCGCGAGGGAGCGUGCACGCUUAUUUCUAAACGAGGGACGAAACGAGAAUAAUAAAAGAUACGUAAGCAGAAGUGAAAUAUGAUGGAACGGCGAGCCUGAAUAUCGAAUUAAAUGGUGUAUAUAAGAAAAUUUUUCCAAUGCACACCGGAAGCAAGCCUGCACACUCCUCGGUGAUUGAGGAUAAACUCCGUUAUUUGCGAUAGACGAUAUUCUAUAUGUCUCGAUUCGUAUAUAAAAAAAAGAAAGAAAGA